GUCCCCCUAUUUUUUGCUCUGCUCUGUGUGCGUGAGUAUACUCUGGGUGUGUGUGUGUUUGUACCCAGCAGCACAGAUAUAUCGUCGUAACCCCCUAUAUCUACGCGAUACACAAAAUCUACGCUCGAACCAACAUGAGCCAGAGCCGGCCAGUUUCCGUGUGACAUCCCGUUCGGUUUGUUGGCCUUCUUCUUCCACUUUUAGUACGUCUUUUCCUUCGUCUUCUCUGUGAAAUUCGCUACUCGUCGUGUACCUAUCAUUUUACUAUACUAUAAGGGAUCGCCACCAAUUUUCUCCAGCAGCGUUAUAGCUAUAGUUGCGCGCGUUCUCCGCUUGAUACCUCCGCCAUAGUCAGCUACUGGUAUUGCUGAUGUCGCUGUGUCCUCCCAUUGUCCGCAGCGUCGCAGAUGCCGCGGCACGACUUCUUCAUACUGUCGCGUUCAUCUUCUUCGUCGUGGUUGGUGCUGCUGUUGGCGGCGCACACAAAGUUUAGAAGGUGCUCGAGUGCCACUUUGCUGUGCUGGUGCAAGUUUUCUUUUUUUCACAGUUGACAGUGUCAUCGCGAGUGGCUCUUUUUUAAUUUUUCUUUCGUCCAAUGCUUCGAUUGUGAUGGCUUUCUAGUGUCGUGCUGAUGUCCACCAAUGUCACCUGUACAAAAAUAUUAAUAUUAUUUGCGCGAUUAUACCAUGUGAUGUUGUGUCGUUUUUUUCGCCCAAUCACCGUUAACCUGCUAAUGCUAUAGAUACCUACCUAUACCUACGAUAUCAUAUCCAAAUCAUUCGAUACCAAAUUCGCGCGCCCUAUUGUGCCAUUCCAUCGUCAUCGUCGUCGUCGACGUCGCACGUAUCGAUUGACCUACUAAAAAUAUCCUCCUCACACAGCACGCUGUUGCGACCCAUGCACAUAAUCGUUCGCGUGAAAAUUCUUCUCGAUUCCAAUUCCGAUUUUUUUCUUGACUCGAAUCGAUGAUGCGAAAUCCAUAAUGGAUUAUGCUAGAACUUUAUCCAGCUACGGAUCAGAAGGAAUGGGAAAUGUCGUACACCUGUAGUGAUGCAUUCGUCAAUAUUAUGAAGCUCAAGAUAUCGUCAAUUAGUUAGUCCUAUAUUGGUUUGUGACGUUGUCACACAGAUUAAACGCGAGUAGAUUUUUACAAUACAGUCUCGAUGCUGGAAAAUGCUGUCAAAUUAUCCGAUGCUACAAUGAAGCAUUAUCUAGAGCCGUUUUAUAGUGAUAAUCGCGUGAAAGAUGAUUGGGCAAGAGGUGGCGGGAUGAACAUUCCACGCAUGCGCAGACCGGAGGACCAGUCAGCAACUGCUGGACUAAUGAUGGAGGUGUGGGCCUCAGUGGCAUCGUGGUUUCUCAAACCGGAAGCGAAUAAUCUGCUGUCAACGACUUGUUCCUCCAACAGCAAUGUUACCAAUUCCACAGUCAGCAAUAACGUCAAGAACAGCAGCAAUUGCAGAAUUUCGUCAGAUCUUCCGCUAUCGUUCGGACCGACAAUUUGCACGGCUAUCAGAUGCACUGUACCAGGCUGCAAUUGCGAAUGUUUUACUCCGGGUAAAUUGCACAUACGAUAUUGUGAAAGCUGUUCGCACGGAUGGGUUCCUCAUGCUCUAGAUAAACUUGGAUUUCAACCAAUCUUCGGCCAAACUCCGGUAGAACCAGUGCAACCAAAUGUGGCAUUUGAUAUCGCCAGCCUAGUCCUUUAUGGUUGUCAAGCGUUGCCGAUCAGAUUGAAAAUUUUAUUAGACAGAUUAUUCAGUGUUUUACAAAAAGAUGAAGUCACGCAGAUUUUAAGAGGGUUUGGAUGGAGUCAUGAAGAUUACGUUAGAGGAUAUAUUUUACAAGAAGCCCACGGAGCCGUGCUAGACCGCUGGAACAUCUGCAGUCAAGAAGAAGAACCACUGGUGCUGCAACAAUUCCUAAGAUUCGGCGAAACUCGCGCCAUCACUCAACAACUGCUGCUACACGGUUUAGGCGAUCUGCGACACGUGCCGCGAGUCGAGGCCGAUUUCAAGAAAAUGGUCGAGAAAAGCAUAUCGAAAGGUUUAACCUCUUCUUCGUCUUCUUCGUCCAAACACCACCACCAUCAUCAUCACGAAGACGGUCGUUCGUCUUCGAAAUCUUCAUCUUCUCAAAACACCCAUCAUAGCUCGUCGUCGUCUUCGUCUGCCAAUAAGAUUCGCAACCAUCAGUCGUCGCCGCCGUCGAAUUUGUCUCCUUCGUUGUUACCGCCGCCUCCGCAUCUCGGAGGCAAAUACCCUCUGUUGCCGCCUCCGCCACCGCAUCCGUCGUCGUCGCCGCAACACCACCACCAUCAUCAUCGAGAUCAACAGCAUCGAGAUCGAGGAGAUCAUCAGCAACGAGGAGAUCAACGAGACCAUCGAGAUCAUCGAGACCAUCAUCAGCCACAGCCGAAACACUCUUCUUCUUUGAAUUUUGUAAAAUUACCUCAAACCGGUCUCACUUGUACGCCGAUAUCGUCGUCAAACGGUCCAUCGUCUUCGCCGCCCAGCAGCACUGCCAACGCGGUUGCCAACAUGUCGCCGUUGAACAAGCUGCAGAACAUGCAGCCUUUCGAUUUUCGUAAAAUCGCCAGCGGCGUGUUCCCUUCGUCGACGAAACCGUCGAUGCCGCCCGCAUCUGUGGCGUCGUCCGGAUCCGAACGUCGGCGUCCGUCGGAAGCUUCUUCAGAUACUAGUCAAACCGGAUUGAAUUUAUGCGUCACUAGUCCGUCACCAUUAUUACCACCGCCUCCGUCAUCCGUGUCUGCGGCAUCUCUGUCGAUACCGCCGACCAUGGGAAUCAACUCGACGUACGGUUCGUCCGGUCUAGCCGGAUGUAAAUCGCCGGCAACUAGCGAUUUCCUCAGCAAAGGCAGCAGCGAAUUCGGCUCCGAGGAUGGAGACGACGAAGAGGAGAGCUCGCAAAGCGCGCUCAAUCUGAGUAAAGACGCGGCCGCCGCCGCUGCUGCAGCAGCCGCAGUAGCUGCCGGUGUCCAUCAUCGUAUGCCGCGUCAACGUCACCCUCAUUCGAGGAAAACAUCGACGCCGAUCAAACGUUCGUGGGGAUCGUCGAAUCUGCCGCUGAAUCUGGGCACGCAGCUUAUAAAUCCGCAAACUGGCAAGAAACGCGUCCAGUGCAACGUGUGCUUGAAAACGUUCUGUGAUAAAGGCGCGCUGAAGAUACAUUUCAGCGCGGUGCAUCUUCGCGAAAUGCACAAGUGCACCGUCGAAGGAUGCAACAUGAUGUUCAGCUCGCGUCGCUCGCGCAAUCGUCACAGCGCCAAUCCGAAUCCGAAACUGCAUUCGCCUCAUCUGCGUCGCAAGAUCUCGCCUCACGACGGCCGCAGCGCUCAAGCGCAUCCGAUCCUCAUACCGCCGCUGCAAGCUGGCCUGAAUCCGUUGACCUUCGGCACGUUCCCGUUGCUGACUCCGCCCGAUUUGAGGCAUUCGCUCAGCGGCCUCGACCUCAAACAGGGCUUCGAGUUCGGUAGCAUGAAGGACAUGAAGUUCGAAAUGUCCUCCGAUAACCAAGACGACUACAUGAUGGACGAUGACGACGAAGACGGCAUUGUCGUUGACGGCGCCGGAGUCGACGACGACGAAAACGAUUCCGAAACCAACAGCGGAGUCGACGGCAAAGCCGGAUCUACCAAAUCCAAACGCACCAAGAUGUCCGAAUCCGAUAUGGACGAAGACGGUGUCAGCAAUACGGAUAGCAACGAAUCCAUCACCUUAUCCGAUCACCAGCCAGUCAAAGAAGAAAACGAUCUAGCAUCGAAAAACGUCCACAAACGUAAAAGUCAGAAACCAACUCGCUGCACGCUUCGAACUGUUCCCAGCGACGACGACAUGUUAUCCGAUGACUACUCCAACGAGAUGAUUUUCGGCGGAGCUAACGCCGCCGCAGCUGCAGCAGCCGUAGCAGCGGCUCUGGCUCCGAAACUAGACCAAGAAAAAGAAUGGGAUCUGAGUAAAUCGUCCGUCAAAGUCAAACCUGCCGAAAUCGUCGAGUCACGACCCAGCAUCGAUACCGAAAUGACCACCGAUUCGACCACAUUCGACGACAAUAACGUUAAAAUCGAGAACAACUCUAAACACCAAUCAGGCGACGAAGAAGAGUUCGACGAACCAGAAGCUGACGACAUCGAAGACGCUACCGCUGGCACAGAAUGUCUCAACUUGAGUCGAAAAAACUCUCGUAAAGAAUCGGGCGAUGUAGUGAUCGACGCUUCUGCCGUUUCCGAAUCCAAAGAAACCAAAAAAGAACCACUAUCUCAAGACGAUACGUCUUGUAAAUCGGAACGAGAAGAAUCACCGGAUCACAAAUCAGCAGAUACGACGAUAAAACGCGAAUCUCCGGCACCAGAGACCGAUAAAUCAUCCCGUCGUUCGUCGUCCGAUUCGUUCAUAGGUAAACGUAAAUACUGCGAUGAGCCGGACAAAAACGAGAACUACGAUCGAGAACCGCUCAAUUUCGCGAUGGAUACCGAAGAUCCCUCUAGUCCGGGCCGAUCGCCGAAUCACGAGUCUUCGGCAUCGACCGCCAGCUGCGACUCAGCCGAUGAGAAUAGCGAGAAUCAUGUCUACGGUCAAUACGAUGAAGACGACGGUGCUUUCCUCAAUUCGAUGGAUAUCCCUUUGGAUAAAGAUAACCCCCGCAAAUGCACAGCUUGCGGUAAAGUCUUUCAGAACCAUUUCGGCGUCAAAACGCAUUUCCAAAACGUACACCUCAAGCUGAUGCACAAAUGCGUCAUCGAAGGCUGCAACGCCGCUUUCCCCUCGAAACGCAGCCGGGAUCGGCAUAGCAAUAACUCCAACCUGCAUCGUAAACUGCUCUCGACGACGGACAGCAAAACACCUCCAUUCUUGCCCGACAGUCCUCCAUUCAGUGGCUCUGGUGUAGGAUCCAAUCCUGGCCUCCAUAACGAUUUCCUCUCCAGACUGUACAGCGACUGCGGAGCACCUCCGGUACCUCCUCCACCUCCGACCACCACAACAAACGGCGAUCUCCUCAGCGCCGCUCACCAAUCGCUACUGAUACCACCACUCGGAGCGUUACCAUUCCCUGGCUUGAAUCCAUUCGCCGCAGCUGCUGCAGCCCACUUGCCCGUUCUGAACGGCAAAUCAGGCAAUGGAGGAGCAGCCGGAGGCGACGAUUCGCGUCACAGUCCGUCCAAAUCGCCUCGUCUGCUCGUCUAUAACAUAGAAGAGGAUAUGCCGACACCUGAUCAAGAUAACGUAUUUCAUUGUAGAUUUUGCUCAAAACCGUUUACCGAGACCGUGGUGCUCAAAGAUCACUACGAACGUAACCAUCUGAACGAAAUGUACCGAUGUAAGGUGCCCGGCUGCUUCAGAGUCUUCAGUUCGCGUACCAAACGCAAUAUCCAUAGCGAAAACAGACUAAUACACGGUAAGGAAAUGAUGACGGCGUCAUGACCCAACGCUUAUUAUCUAUUGCCACCCCAAUGGUGGUAAAUAGAACGUGCGUGUGUAUCUGUCUCUGUGUAACUUCACUUUUGCUAUAUAUCUACGCUUAUUGACGAAAAUCCAAAUCGACCACCCUCUCAGUAUAUAGAAAAUACCUGUACAAGACCUAAUACAUCUCUCCUCAUCCUCGACCAUCAUCUCCAUCGUCGUUGUAUUAAAACAAAUAGCCCGAAGAAAAAUCAUCGAGAAACGUGAAGCUCGUAAAUAAAUAAUCUAUACGGUUAAUUAUUUGUACGUUCAUAGGUCUACAGGUAGACAUAGUUACAUCACAUAUGUACACCGCGAUCAUACGUAUACAACCAAAGCGUAGUAUUCUUUAAUUGAAAAUCGUUUGUUCGGUUUUAAUCUCUCUUUUUUGUUCGAUUUUAUGUUACGAUAUACUUGUUUUUUCUCUCCUUCUCUCUUUUCAAUUGUCCUCUUCUUUCUUAUACGGUUUAUUUUUAUGACUCUUGUUUCUAUUUUUUAAAACGCUUAAAUACCAAUAUUCAUUUUAUUUACUCGUACCUACUUGGUCGAAUGUAUUGCAUUGUGCAAUACUUCGCAUGUUGCAUUUAUUUACUAUACGUAGGGAAAUUUAUAGUAGAUUUUUUGGAAGAAGAUUCUUUUAUUUUUAUACCUGUCAAAGUAUUUUUAUUUCACAUUUCUGAGUUAACAAAACCCUCGGUUACUUUCAUUUGCACAUUUUACUUCAAUUUUUAAAAUUGAAAAUUCAACUCAUUCUGAUCCGAGCCUCAUGAUAAAUAGAUUUUUCAUUCUCAUCAGCUAAUUUUAUACCUCAGGUUUAAGUCUGUACCUACUUUUUCUCGUUUGUGACAAGUAAUUACCGUAAUUUUACUGAAUUACACGUAAUUACUACUCUAAACCGUGCAUUCUGAGUGGUAUUUCGGUAAAUUACAGGUAAUUACUGAUAGCAGAUAUUUACCAGAAUUUCAGUUCAUGACGGGUCAUUACCAAACUUGAGUUAAUUACAGGUAAUUACCCAAAUUUUGGUAAAUUACCGGUUUUUACCCAAUUUUUGGUGAAUUACUGGUAAUUACCAAAAAUUUGGGUAAAUUACUGGUAAUUACACAAAUUUUAGUAAAUCUAUAAUGAUUACCCAAUUUUGGUAAAUUACCGAUUUUUACCCAACUUUUGGUAAAUUACCGGUUUUUACCCAACUUUUGGUAAAUUACCGGUUUUUACCCAACUUUUGGUAAAUUACCGGUUUUUACCCAACUUUUGGUAAAUUACCGGUAAUUACCCAGUUUUUUAAAAUUUUUGGUAAUUACUCAAAUUUUGGUAAACUAAUGAUAAAUACCCUAUUUUUUUCAAAUUGCCAAUAAUUGUCCAAAUGUUGGUAAAUUACCGAUAAUUACCCUAAUUUUGGUUAAUUACUGGUAAUUACUCAAAUUUAGGUAAAUUACCAGUAAUUACGCAAAUUUUUUAGUAAAUACCAGUAAUUUACUCAUGUUGUGGUAACUACCCAAAUUUUUGUAAAUCACUGGUAUUCAUUCAAGUUUUGGUAAAUUACCAGUAAUUACCCAAAAAUUGAUUAAAUUACAGAUAAUUACCCAAAAAUUGGUUAAAUUACAGGUAAUUACCCAAAAAUUGGUUAAACUACAGGUAAUUACCAAAAUUUUGAAAAAUUAUCUGAUUCCUGAAAUUUUCAAAAAAAAAAAAAUGAGUUGAAGGUAAUUACUUAAAUGUUGAUAAAUUACAGAAAAAUUCAAAAAUUUUAAUGAAAUUCAAGUAAUUACCAAAACUUGGGUAAAUUUUGGGUAAUUACCAAUAUUUUAACAAAUUUUGAGUAAAUACCAUGAUUUUUAUAAAUUUUAUGUAAUUUACAUGUUGAUUGGGGCAAUUUGGGCGAAUUAGGGAUGAUUAUAAUAAAUUUGGAGAAUCACAUUUACUUACCAGUAAUUACCGUGACCUGGGAAAACAAGAAUUUGAAAGGGAUUUGAAAAUUGAAUAUCUAACAUAUGUAAUUACAUACCAAAAUUUCAACAAAUCUUGGGUACCUAAAUACUGGUAUUUACAGCAAAACCAAUUUUUGGACUUUUUAAAGGGGGAAAUUGGUCAUACAGGAUGUCUUUCCCACUGGUGCUGAUUAAAUUUUAAAAAAUUUCAACCACUUCUCUCUCCUCUUACUCUUCUAAACAUGAGAAUUUUUUUUUUUGAAAAUGCAACAAAAUAGGGAUAUUUGCUUCAUCAAAUCUUUGCAAUAUGAUCGAUAACAAUUUAACAUAUCAUUCACUCGGUUGAAUAAUUUUUGUAAUAAAACAAUUUUUUUGCCUUUUUUUUACCUUCCCAAACAUCUUUUCUCUAUUUUCUAUUCUAUUUUUUUCGUGUACAUAAUUAUUUUAUAAUAGGAUAAAAUAAUCAAAAUAUUGUUAAUCAAAAAAACAAAAAUUUGAAAUUCCUAGUUGGUUGUAUUUUUGGUUCGUGUAAAGAUUUUUUCUGUUCAUUUUACCUAUUGUUGUGUUAUAUUGUUACGUUACGUGUUACGUUACAUCGUAUAUACCUACGAAAUUAAUUCAUUGAAAAGUAUAUAUUUACGAGAUUUUUUUUUUGUGUAAUAAUUUAAUAUCGUAUACGUGUUGUUUUUUUCUCUUUUUUUUUUUUUUUGUUAAUGUGUACAAUUGUAAAAAAAAAACUCAAAGAAUCAAAAUAGGUUGAAAAACUUUCUUUAUUAAUUUUACGUGUGUACUUUCUCGUUUUGUUUUUGUUUUUUCUUAGACGUUAGACUGAUGUGCAUCUUACAUGUAUGUAUGUAGAUUGAAGCAUACACAUCACACGAGUAAUAUGCUUCGUUUGUAGUUUUUUUCUCUUUUGAAAUUUUAUUCUUUAAGAAAUGUUGUUAUGUUUUAAAAAAAUUUUCAACGUAUUUAUUUUCGACAGACGCGCUCUCAAGCGCGGUUCUGAGAGGAAAAUUUUGAUCUCCGAAAUUGUGUACUUAAGCAUUUUCACGAUGCCAAUUCGAUAUCUAAUAAUUUUACGAUCGUGUUUCGAAAUAUACUAAUUUCGCAGCAUCGUAUGACAAGUUGGCGUAUUGUUUAGAGAAAAAGAAAUUCUAUGUGUUAUAAGUACUCGUUGGCAUUUUAUUUUGUGUCGCUUAACGCUCUCUUUUUAUUUGUGUCUGUUUAACAGUACCUCAAAAUACUCGUUUUAGUAGCUUGGUUAUUGUAAAACGAUUUUUUGUUUUGUUUUACUGAUAUAAUUAUUUUAUACGUUGUAAGGAAACCAAAAAAAUUUGAAAAAAAAACAAUUUGGCAAGAAUUUUCGCCGAUAUAAAUUUGUGUAGUUCCAUUGUGUACAUAAUUGCCUUGUUUUUUUUCUCCCUUUGCCCCUUUCACCUUUAAAUAAAUUACGAAAAAAAAAAGAAAAAUGUAUAUGUUUGUGUAGAUGGUAGUAAAUAGUAAACGUAGUUUUAAAAAUGAACCGAAGUUACAUUUUAGUAAUAUGAAUAAUGAUAUACCUACGCGUACCUUAUGGAUUUGAUUUUUUUUUUUCUUGCCCUGUUUUAUUUUUUUCUCCCUUGUUUGUUUAUUAUUUCUUUUUCUUUUUUUUUUGUUUGUAUUAUAAAUUUUGAUGGUUAUAAAUACAAAUGCGAUUACAAUAUAUACAUACUGUAGGUAUAUAUGAUAAAUAUUACGCGAGAAUGCUAUUGUACUUUUUAAGUUAUUUUAUUUGAUGAUUACGUACGGUAAGAUUACUAUUUUAUUAUUUACCUAAUUAUUAUAUAGCUUAGGUGUUUCAAUGAAAUGUGAUGUUUAAUUAGAUUGAAAAAAAAAUUAAAAGAAUAUAUAUUUGCUGUCUGUUAAUA